UAUAUUAUGUAUACGAGUUUGUAGAUAUUCAACAUCGAGUCGUCGAGACUCAAGGCCGAAAUACACAAAUACAUAAGUAGAUACCUACCUACCUGGUGUAAGAAAAGAAUAUUGGUUUUGAUAGAAAUGUGAAAAUUGUGGAAUCUUUUCGUCUUGGUCGGUGUGGCAAUAAUCUGAAACGUACGAGCUGACUGCAAAGCUGCGAAGGAUCUGCCGAGCCCGCAUUAUCUGUGAUAUACAGCUCAGCCUCUCGUCCGUCCUAUAAGGGCUGGGCCACUCGGGGCUAGGAGGCGUCCGCAGCAGCUUCCAGCGGUGAUCUCACCCUGCCCUCUGCCAUAGAGGCAUUAAACACUGCUACCUGCUUAAUUGACUGCAUCACUACGAACCAUUGUUACUUAGUCUAUAAUUGAAACAAUAUGCAAUCUGUGAACAUAAGUAUAAUACUAGGUGGAUAUUGUAGAAAAUUAUUCUAUUUAUAAAUAAUUGUCUGAUGUCUAAUGUUUCUGUAAUAUUAUGUGUUCCACGUCUAAUUAAGGAUAAUUGUUACUCCAAUAUUGAUACUGUUACCGAACCAAUGCAAUGUAAUAACUCCACCUCGACAUUGGUGGUAAACACAAAUAAAUUUGGUGCUUUUGAGCGAGUCUAUAAGAAGAAUGAGAGUCAGCGAGUUAGUGUAAAAAUGGUAGAUAAUAAUAUUUAUAAUGUAGAGUUUGUUGAUAGUAUCCAACAAAACCAAAUGAUUGGCGAUACGCCUAACUACUGCAUUCCUUUAAAGAUUAACGCCAUAACAGUCCAGGGUAUCUCAUACAGUGACCCAUAUUUCAGUAGCUUUAACUUAAAGUAUAAGAUGGCGUUUGGAGCGCCAGAGUAUAUGAACAAGUCUGAUUACGCUUUUAAAUCCUCAGUUUGUAUUAUACAUGAUGAGCCUUGCGAGACGCAACUAUUGAACGAAAAGUCUGCUCGUGAUAUGAUAUGCAAAACGAAAACUCGAAUGAUUACUGACGACGACAAGUCUGCAAGAACAUACCAUGACAAUAAUGUUGGUUUUGGGGCCGCGAGCUCUGAGUCAGCUUUGAAAGUAUUCGCAAACGGUGAUCUCACUUUGGACGGGAUGUUGGAACUCAGUAGACACGAGGGCGACCUGAUGAAGACUUUGGGGGGCGCCGUAGACAGCUGGGGCGUGCCGCGCCGGCUCCGGCUAUGCGGCGGCGGCGAGAGCUCGCUCAACGCAGCAACCGGCUGGGGCAGCCCGCCUGCUUCGAACAAUAACGGUGGGAAUUGGGGCGGCAACUCCAGUGGCCAAACUAACAGUGGAUCGAACAAUACUCAACAAUGGAAUAAUACGGCCCAGCGGCCGCCUACUUCUCAAGCCGACAGAUUGUUUCUUGCAGUGAACAGCAACAAAGCGAACGGCAACCAGAUGCCGCCUACCAGUGCUGCCUCAGGCCAGAACUGGCAGAGCUCUCCGCCUAAUAUGCCAAAUUCACAGUCCAACAACAAUGGUGCGCCUGCAAGCAAUGGCACGAACAACUCUGGAAACGGGAAUGGAGCGAACCCUUCCAAUCCGGCUGCGAAUUCUAACGGGCCUUCUGCUGGGAACGGAAACGGGAAUAACGUCAACAGCACGUCCUCUGCCAAGAUCGAGAUCAACUCAAUGAGGGAGGCUCUCUUCAGCCAAGAUGGUUGGGGUGGACAACACGUCAACCAAGACACCAACUGGGAUGUACCCGGAUCACCCGAGCCCGGCUCGAAGGUGGAGCCCACGGCCGGUGGACCUCCGGCAUGGAAGCCGAGCAUCAACAACGGCGCUUUCCUCGGAACCGAUCUCUGGGAGGCGAACCUCAGGAACGGGGGCCAGCCGCCGCCGCAGCCCGCCGCGAAGACCCCCUGGGGGCACACGCCCACGACGAACAUCGGGGGCACGUGGGGCGAGGACGACGACGCCGCCGACUCGGCCAACGUGUGGACCGGGCCGCCGCCGCCGCAGCAGUGGCCGGCGGGCCCGCCGCAGCACGCUCAGCAGUGGGGAGUGCCGAAAAAGGACGACUGGAACGCGUGGGGCGAGCCGCCGCGCGGCGGGGACCCGCGCCUCGACCCGCACGGCCGCUCCGCCGACCCGCGGCAGCAGCCCAACGACCCGCGCCACGACCUGCGCGGCGGCAUCUCCGGCCGCCUCAACGGCGACAUGUGGAGCCAGCACCACCAGCACACCGGGCCCAACAAGAUGAUGCCCAGCGGCGGCGUCAACCAGUGGGGCGCGCAGGGUCCCAAGGAAUCGAUCAAAGCGACCGGCUGGGAGGAGCCUUCGCCGCCGGCGGCUCGCCGCGCGGCGGGAGGCUUCGACGACGGGACGUCAUUAUGGGCGCAGCGCGGAGGUAUGGGAGGCAUGGCCGGCCGCGGCGCCACGCAGGGCCCGCCGGCCCCGCAGCGCAUCCCGCCCACGCCAACGAAACCAGACGCGGUUUGGGGAGCCCACGCCCAGCGCAACGGCUCCUGGGAGGAGCCCCACGCACCUGGCUGGCCCGAGCGCGACGCUUCGGCUUGGCCCGACCAGUCCGGCCCUGCCCUGUGGCCCGUGCCCAAGCCUAAGCCCACCGGUCCCGGUGGUGGCUGGCCCGACGACAUCGGCGAGUGGGGCGGCCCUAAGCCCCCGCAGGCCGGACCUCUCGGCAAGCAGCUGCCGAAGGAAGUCAUCUGGAACAGCAAGCAGUUCAGGUUCUUGGUGGAGAUGGGUUUCAAGAAAGAGGAGGCCGAAGCGGCGCUCCGCAGCCGCGAUAUGAAUGCCGAAGAGGCAUUUGAAUUAUUGUCGAACGGCGCUCGCGAUGGAUGGAGGCGCGACGAAUUCCACCACCAGCCCUUCCAGCCGCCGCCGAAUGUGCCAGCGGUGUCCCCCGCCGUGGCUCAGAAGCUUUUGAGCCAGCCGCCGCCGCAAACGGUGCAGCAUCAUCACUCGUACAACCCUAACAGUGGCACCGGCAACAGCGGUCAACCCAGUACAGCACAGCUUCGUAUGCUGGUACAACAGAUCCAGAUGGCGGUGUCAGCAGGCUACCUCAACCACCAGAUCCUCAACCAGCCGCUGGCCCCUCAGACGCUCGUGCUAUUGAAUCAGCUGCUGCAACAGAUCAAAGUACUGCAGCAACUGGUGCAACAACACUCGCUGGCGUUGUCCAAGGGCAACUCCACGCUCGCGCUCCAGUGCUCCGUGCAGAUUACCAAGGCUAAGCAGCAGAUCACUGCUCUCCAGAACCAAAUCGCGAACCAGCAGGCUCUAUACAUGAAGCAGCAGGCCGGCGGCGCCGACCUGUUCAAGCCGAGCCACGACCCGCUCGCCGGGCUGCAGAAUAACUUCAGCGAUAUGGGCAUCUCUAAAGACACGCAGUCGGCGUAUGGUGCAAGUGGCAACCAGCAAUCGCGACUGAACCAGUGGAAGCUGCCUUCCCUGGACAAGGAUGGUGAGGGUUCGGAGUUCAGCCGUGCCCCUGGAACCGCCAAGUCCACCACCAGCCCUCAGCUCAACCAACUUGGCCUGCAACCUGACUCGUUCAGCACAUGGGGCGUCGGGCGCGGCUCCGAGGGCUGGGGCGACGCGGGCGCCGACGUGGCCGACGGCAAGGACGCCUGGCCCGCGCACCCUGCGCACCAGCCGGUCUACGACCUCGUGCCUGAGUUCGAGCCUGGCAAACCCUGGAAGGGUAACCAGAUGAAGAACGUCGAAGACGACCCAGCAAUGACGCCUGGAUCCGUGGUCCGCUCGCCUCUAUCGCUGGCCGCGAUCAAAGACACGGAUAUGCUCGGCGGGAAGACUUCGCCCCCGGGCGGGGAGCGGUCGCUGUCUUCGUCCACGUGGAGCUACGCCCCGCCGGCCACUUCAGCGGCCAAUGCGCUGAAGCCCCCGGCCGAUACGUGGGCCGGCAAGCCCCGGCCUGCGCCCCCCGGCCUUAACAAGCCCUGGCCGCAGCACCAUAAUGCGCAGCAGAGGCCCGUGUCCUCCUGGCAGGCGUCUACUUGGCUGCUGCUCAAGAACCUCACGGCCCAGAUCGACGGGUCAACGCUGAAGACCCUGUGCAUCCAGCACGGGCCGUUGCAGAACUUCCACUUGUACUUGAACCAGGGUCUCGCCCUCGCCCGCUACUCCACUCGCGAGGAGGCGGCUAAGGCUCAGAUGGCGCUAAACAACUGCGUGCUUAGCAACACGACCAUCUUCGCGGAGUCGCCAGCCGAGUCCGAGGUGCAGAUGAUCCUGCAACACCUCGGCUCCGGCGGCGGCGGCGCGUGGCGCGGCUCCAAGGACUCGUGGGGCGGAUUCCCAGGGCUCUGGCCCGAGCACGACCAGCGAGCCACGCCCUCCUCGCUGAACUCCUUCCUCCCGCCCGAUCUCCUCGGCGGCGAGUCCAUCUAAACCACGGUAAGGCGCACUCACCGGCAGCGGGCGGCAGCAUCCGCGUGACGCCGCCAGCGAUUAAGGGCUGCCUUUGUAAAGCACGUUUAGGCACGUUUGUAGCAAUUUCGCAGCGACUUUCGACUCGUGUCUGCGUAAAUUCGCAUUCAUUCGCGAUCUCAACUUGCAGAAGUUCCUGACGUUUAGAGACGCGCAAAUUUCUGCAAGUUAGACUCAACCUAAACCUGCUGUUCGGCUCUGCAAUCGCUCGCGGCGGGUCCGAUCGCCCGCGGCGAAUCUCCUACCGUGUCAAUUUGGUCGCGGGCGCGGCCCUAUGUGUCUAGUUGUAAUUACGCUUUACGGUCCCCCGUAUUGGGGACAGACUAAUUUUAUUCGCCUAGUCAGAUCGUGUCGGACGCGUCGCGUCGCGUCGGGACGCGGUGCGACGCGGCCGCGGUAGCCAACUGUCCACAACUAUAUUAUAUCUACUGUGUUGUAAGUGUUCAUGUAGAUUAUUUAGUGUACAUAAGAAUUAUACAUAUACAACGGCAGACAUAGAAUGUAUCGGUUAUGAAGUUGUAAGUAGUAGGUCGCGGCGGUGCGCGUGUGGUGAGACCGCGCGCGCGCCGCCGCCGGGACUGUAGUAUCCUGUAACUCUACCAAAUAAUCGUGUCGGUGUAGAUAGUUGCGUCGCGGGCUACCUCAGUCACUCGUCCCGUGGCCUUCUUUUAGUCUGUAUUUAUUUUGUUGCACUCGAGGGCUGUUGCUGUUUCGCCCGUCGAGAUGUUGCGUUCCGAGUUUCUUUCGUGUUCGUUUUUUAUUUUUCUCGUUUUAUCCAUACUGAUGUAUUUUUAAUUAUUUAUUCUGUUUUGAAUUCUCACUCGUGAUGAGCCUUUCGUUUUCCAGUAGUGAUAUUUUAUUCAGCAAUAAAUGUGUAAGUGCAUUUCGCAGACUAACAAAUGUUUACAAUUAGUUUGUAAUUUUUAUAAAGAUAACAAAAAUUGAAAAUUAUGAGAUUCGAAGUGCAUUCUUGUAGUGGUAAAUUCCUUUUAAGCUGUAUAGUCUGAAGUGGAAAUGAGUAUAUACAAAUAUACGUUGGAGGCCGCGGCGGGCGGGCGGGGCCGCGGCUCCGUGCAAUCCAGUUAUCCUGUGAUGUAAUUAUCUUGCCUAUUGUAAGGAUAAUCUAUUUUGUUGGAGCGAUCCAGUAGAGAGUCGCCGGCGGUCCGCCUCCGUCGUAGCUGAUGUUUCCCCAAAUUAUUUCCAGUAUUUGUGAUUCAAGUGCCACUUUAUGUUUAAUAUAUGAAACGAUUAUCUAGAUUAUACGAUUAAUGUAAGGGUAACCUAAUAUAUUAUUAAAUUGAAAAUUGUUUUAUCAUUUUAUAUUACAUACAUUUGUGAGAAGUGUUAAAAAGUACUAUAAUUGACAGUAAAUAUUACACUUUUGUGUAUAGAUAAGAAUAAAGUUCUAAUAACUUAAAUUUAGCCAUAUCAAUAUCUAUUUAAUAAAAGAUUUGUGGUAUUUUCUAUAGGCUCAAUUUGAAAGUUAUUCAAAGUGACAUAUGCUUUAGAUAUUCUGUUAAUAAUAUACUUGUAGUCGUAGUCUCCAUGUCGGUAUUACAACAUCAUUGUAGAUAUAAGUAUACACUUAAGUCCUAUCGUAGGUUUCGAUAAGAAUACUAUUGAUAUUUAACUUGCAACGAUCGCACUUGUAAAUGUUCGUUAUGAUAAAGUUUAUUUACAUUUUUAUUUACUUUUUAAUUUAUUAAUGGUGUGCCACAGAGAUACUCUGCCAAAAUAUAUCAUUACCAAUAUAUUACGGGAUUAGCUAAGUAGAGAGGCGUCGGGCGUAGACUUAGGAGCGCCGGGCGCUCGAAGCGGCCCGGCGUCGCGUCGCGGUCGUCCCGGCGUCGCCCCGGCGUCGUCCCGGUAUCGUCCCGGCGUCGCCCGCGGUCGUCGCGCCCGCGCCCUCCGCCCUGACUAGAGACUCCGGGCUUCGGCCCACGACCGUCGACGACGGACCCACCACGCUUUACGAUCCCCGAGAUCGACCACACAAAGCGAAUGACUAAUGUACAUUGUAUCUGUAUUCGUGCAUCUUCCAGUGAUCUUACAAUUAAACGUAACGACUAGUGCUAAGUUAGGUGUAUAAGUAUUCGCUGUACCUUGUCGAGCCUCGCGCUCGAAAACUUUCACAAAUUAAUGAAUUAAGUUAGGAGAACGCGAUAUUGGAAUAAUAUAUAUUUGUGCGUUAUGGACUCUUAAUCGCUUCGGACCUGUAGUAGUUUAGAGUUAACUAAAUGUUUCGAUGUAUGAUGUGUUCAUUUAGAGACAAAAUAGCAUUUCUCAUUACUACCUUAAUAACUUACUAUAGGGACCGACGAUGUUUCUCUUAAUCGCAUGAUCUUUGUUGCCUUAUUUUUUGCGAAUCGUUAACGACUGUAGCAGUGGAAGUUUUAACACGCGAAAUAUUCGGUUUGAAUUCCAUUGGAGUCGACAGUAACAUCUAAACCGCAAUAUUGAAGGCUCGGCAUGUGCAAUCGCGCCAACAUUGUAUCGCCAAGGGGCCAUAAUAUAUUGUCGUGAUGUAUAGCGUUAGAUUGCCAAAGAAUGAGUAUCAAAGAUAAUGGUGUCUAAAACUAGAUUGCAUCUCUGUGCUUGAUAACGAUUCUUCCAAAUUGUUUUAAAAUUAAUUUUGUGGUACGGGUUAUUGAUCUGAUGUUCCUAUAUCAUUCGUGUAAUGUCUAUGCAACAAUAGUACACACUAACAGGUCGAUGUCAAUUCUAUUGUUGUCAAGCUCAAUUUACGUGAGGGUGUUUCUUUUAACUAUUCGAUAAAAUAAAAUAAAAAAAAAUACAAAAAAAGUUACAAUUUUAAACUGAUAUUAUUCUGUCCACUCGUACACCAAUAUUCAUAAAGCUUCAAAACGCAGUGUUUACUGGUGACUUAGUGAAUUUAAUACAGCAAUAAAUGUCAUUAUAAAAAAUUAUAAUUUUUAUAAGAGUUUUCCAUUUUUAAAGUUAGACAAACCGAGUAACGGAAAGUAUAACGAUCCAGUGCCCUGUAGAAUACGUUGUCCAUAGAUUAAAGACAAAAGUAAUGCCUUGAAGUGUUUAGUCAGUUAAAGGUAACAGUACUUAAUAAUGGGUAUAAUGUUAGGCGUUGUGCUGUAGUGGCGUAGAGCGAGCGACAAGGUUGUGACGAGAGCCCACGCCGCGAAGCUGAAUCUCCUCUCGGUUCAUUGACUGCAUCUAUUUCCUGCACACAAUUGCCCAUGUGCAAUUUUACUCUGUGUUAUUAUUAUGUUGUUGUAUAUUUAUUACUUACAUCUAUACCGUAAUAUGUAUAUAAUGUGAAAUUUAUAUUCAUAUAAAAAGAUUUUAAUACGCUUCACGCUUUCACUUUUAACAUUUUUUCGUAACUUGUUUCUGUUAUUUAGAAUAAAUUUACGUACCUUAAUAUAAUAAUUAUCAUAGGUGUAAAUGUAAGAAAAUAAUGAAAAAAAUUAAAAAAUCGAAAAAAAAGAAAAGCAAUUAAAUAAACCAAUGAUUGUGCCUCAAUGAACUGUGGUACGUUACCGUAACCGAUGGCAGGUGUAAUCGUUUCCUUUGAGAAUGUAUUGUAAUGAAUUGUGCACUGGCCCCGGGAGCGGCCGACUAGUGUAGACAAUAUAAGGCUGCGUGCAGCGGGGCUCCGCGCCCACGCCUUGUGUAAUCAUAAAAGAGCUUAGCUAUGUUUUACUUUUAUUGUAAGUGUUAUGUCGUCAAUCAACAUUUUAUAUAUACCUAUGUGUAAAUAUUUUUAUCUAUUUAUUUUUGGUUUUUUCAUGAAGUUUACCCGAAUUAACGUGUAACUUUAAAUUAGUUGCUUUAUUUUGAGUCAGUUUCGUAUAUUUUUUUAAUCCGCACGGUAUACGUGCGUGGUCAAAUCCAAAUUCGUGUCUAUUCCAUAACUUGAAUGCCAAAGUCGAUGUCUAUGCCAUUUAACGACCACUAAUGUUCUUAGAUAAUCUGCGUCGAUCUCUGACAUCACAACAAACUAUUUGAUCGUACAAAUGCGAGCCAUUUACAAAAAAUAUAAUUAAAAAUAACAGCCACCGCGGAGGUCGUUGUUCUAUCCAAGCUGCUCUGGUUAUUUUAGCUCAAGUAUUCAAAUAGUAGUUUGCUCAUAAUAUUGUUGUUAAUUUUAAUGUUUAAUUGUAUUAAGGCUGGGGCUCGCGGGGGCAGUAUGCCGGCGCUCAUGAUUCUUAUGACGUGACACCCGUUAACAAUUAGAGGAGUAAUGGUUGCUGUGAUCACUUGACUGAAGUUCAAAUAGAAUUGGUUAGUGAUAAGGGGUUAACUGGAACGGUGGAGCUGCAUACUGGCCCUGUGCGUCAUCGACACUAAUAACGCUUUUCCCGUAAGAGUGGAGUAAAAUUCUAAAAAUAAUGUAAUCUCCAUUAGCUUGUAAUGUUGUGAGACCAUACCAUGAGUCGACGUAUUCAGUGAGUUGGGUAUGCCGCCUAUAAUUUAUUUUAACUGUCACCUCGUUUUUAUAUUAGUGUAUUACGUAAAUCUCAGAUUAUACCUGAUGGCUGUUGCAACUUACAACGACACUGUUCCCAGUCGACCACUUAGCAACCAGCCCUUGCUUCGGUCACAAUGUACUUCUGGCGCAUGUUACUUAUUUCUAUUUCACAUAUAGGGACCAAAAUAUGUAUGAAUAUCGUGUUUCGCUGAACACUUACAUCCAGCUGAAUUGACUCAACGCAUACUAAAAGACAUUCUCAUUUUCCAUAAUUGUUAAUAUAUUUUGCUGUCGCAUAAAUCAUUAUGACGUUAUAUGACAUUAUGUAGUGAUAGUGUACAAUAUUCAGAAGGGCCUUUAAUUUUAAAUAAGGUUAAAGUUUUUGCUUGUUGUCUUUAUUUAUAUAUAUUUUUGUACGUUACGACGACGUUGGCGUCCUACAAUAGAAGCGCAU